CUGUCACUCAACACUCGCAUUAUUUUAUAAAUUAAUAAACAAACAACUCUCUCCACCUCUCUCUCUAUAUUCCAUUUUGAGAUCCCAUCGGCUGCCUCCCUCCUCAUUUUACCUUCCUUUAUCAUCUUCAACAGACAAAGGAGAAGAAGAAAAACAUUCCGAAAGGAAGGAGGAAAAAGAAUUUUGAGAGAAAAAGAAGGGAUCGAAAAUGGGUUUGGUUCAUCCAGAACUAAGCUUAGAUUUUAGACCCACUUUUAUACCAAAAACGAUCACUAAUUUCCUCAAGGAGGUUUCACUGAACGGAAACGUUUCUGAUAAGGCUUUGAAACUCGAUGCGAUUUUGAAAGGAUUGGAAGAAGAAAUGAAAAAGAUCGAUACUUUUAAACGUGAACUUCCUCUUUGCAUGCUUCUUUUGAAUGAUGCGAUUGUAGCUUUGAAAGAGGAGUCGAUGCAAUGUAUGGCGAAAAACGUUGAACCAAUUUUAGAAGAAUUCAUUCCAUUGAAGAACAAGGAGGAAAAUGAUCAGAGUGAAGAGGAUGGUUCCUUAAACACCACCAAAAAGGAAGAAGACUCUAACAACAACUGCAAUAAUUAUAAGGACAAGAAAAAUUGGAUGCGUUCCGUUCAGCUCUGGAAUGCUGAUGCUGAUGAUGAUUGCUACACUGAUCACACUCUAGAUAAUAAGAGAAACCAUGGAGAUCCAUGUAAAAACAGGGGAGGAGCGAGAGCGUUUAUGCCAUUCAAGGCAAGUUUGGGUUUUGCAGUGAGGAAAGAAGAGACAAAGGAGAUACCGGUUCCUGGAGCAGUUUCGUGUUCCGUAACCAAUGAUCAAUCGAAUUUUCGGUCUGUACCAUUGGCAGUGCUUUCCAAUCAGCAGCAGCAGCAGACCGGUAGGAAGCAAAGGCGGUGCUGGUCGCCUGAGUUGCAUCGCCGGUUCGUCAAUGCUUUGCAGCAUUUAGGAGGUUCUCAUGUGGCUACCCCAAAGCAGAUUAGGGAACUUAUGCAAGUAGAUGGCUUGACCAAUGAUGAAGUUAAGAGUCAUUUGCAGAAAUACCGACUACACACAAGAAGACUUCCGGCCGCAACGACCCAAUCAGCCUUUGUUUUGGGGAGUGCUCAUCCAUGGACAUCCCAAGAUCAGUAUGGAGAAUCCUCGAAAACUAGCAGCUUGCAGUCUGCUUCUCCACAAGGUCCACUCCAGUUAGCCACAAACACCAGAGGGACCUCGACUACCGGAGGUGACAGCGUGGAAGACGAUGAAGAUGCAAAAUCGGAGUGCUAUAGCUGGAAAAGCCAUGUUCAGGAACCCGGAAAAACUGAUGUAUAGUGUUUAUCCACCAUGAAUUUUGCAGAUGAAGUAUACAUGGGAGGAAUUCAAUAUAUUAUACUAUUAAUGUAUCAUACAUAAAAAAAAGGAGAAAGAUCUUGAGAAAUGAGAGAAGAUAAGGUGUGAAAUUUUGCAGGAUUUAGCUUUCCUUGGAUCUUGAAUUGAGCUUUUGUUUCAUU